AUGGCGAUAAAACUGCUCCGAACGACAUCAACUCGGCCAGGCGAGGCUCCAGAAUGUGCUGGCGUACUUGACAAUAUUGAUCGGGAAAUUCAGAACGUGCAAGCUUUCUACUCGAAAGUAUUUGUAGACAUCGGAGAUCAAGUCUCCAGGUUCUACCAGAGCUCAGACUUGCUUGAUCAAGAGUCAGAAUGGGAACAUGCAGGUCGUCAGGAGCUCCAUUUUAUCCUAUCGUUACUGACUCAGUGCUGCACGAGUCUGAAAACAUUGUUGCGGUAUGGGACUGUGAAUUCCCGAGGAUUCCAGAGGCUUUUACGAAAAUUCAACGAUCUUUUGGGGACUAGACCAGACUUCCGAAAUAAUCUUACUUCCUCGAGAAAACACAUUGGUGAUAUCCAGUCGAAGCUAGAAACAGAAGAAUUUUCUACUCAAAACGAGUCCCUCUACAGGCUGAAACUCAUCAAAGGCUCUAUCCAAGCCAUCCGUCAAGUGCUAUCAAGAAAUUCUUUUACGACACGAUCCUCAUUACUGCUGAAUGAUUUAGUCCGACAUCAUCACUCUUCGCUCGGAGACUUGGAUAUUGCAUAUAGGGCAAUUCGAGACGAUGAUGUCGCUGCAUUGGACUUUUUCUUCCGGGAAACGAUCAAUGUCAACAUAACAGAUAGACGGCAGAAUCAAAUCCUUGUUGCUGUCUUAUUGCAAUUAUCGAUUAUUUAUGUGUCCAAAGCAUGCUUCAGCAGACUCCUGAUGCUGCUCAGGUCCACUCGCCAAAACAAAGCUUCUACCCAGACCUGUCUCUCUUUCACCAUCCUUCGAAUCUUGGUUGUUAUGGGCCAUCGCCAUCGACGACUUGCUGCAGACUCAGUCGAUCAGAAUUCAAGAUACAUUGCACGGUCUACAGUCCCCACACAGACGGAGGAUGAUGAUCUAUUAUCUCUCCUGAGUUAUGUUCUACUGUGUCUCGACGCUAAGGAUAUACAAGCUGCUCUUCUUACACCUGAUCCAAUAUGCAAUCGAUUGCCUAUUCAUUACACAGCUCAGUAUAGGCUUCCUCAGGCAUGUCAACUUCUUCUCAGUCGUAUGAAAGACGCAUUAUACCUCGGCGGUCUAUCAGCUCGCGACUCCAUUCUUUUACAGGACUAUCUAGAAAUCUCACCGCUCAGUCUCGCAAUCAUGAACGGCAGUGACGAGGUUUCCAGACUACUUCUAGAGUUCAAUCAGAAGGACGACAGUAUGUCGCUAAUCCAUAUCUGGAAAGCAACAUCUGGGUUACUUCUGGCAAAUGCUGUUAGUUCAAAUCGAAAACUUUUGAAUACUCUGCUUGACGCCGAUCCGGAUUUGGACCACCGAGGGAGGCACGGAGAGACUGCGCUCUACAUUGCUGCACGCUUUGGUGACGUGAAGUCCAUGCAACUUUUAUUGAGUCAUGGAGCAAAGGUAGACAUUGCUGAAGACUCCUAUGGCUGGACCCCCUUGAUUAUAGCUUCAUUGCACGGGUAUACUGAGGUUGUGGAACUUCUCAUAGAAGCUGGUGCAAGUGUAGAAUAUCGAGAUCAUUUUGGCUGGAGUGCAAUUGACCAUGCUGCAUUCAAUGGCGAGAUCACAGUAACACGAAUGUUGAAGGCUAAUCCUCGGAUUGAAUGCCGGAGUGGAUUAUGUGAUUUAGGGCCAGGAUCCCCAUUUCAACCGGCGGAGGCGAUGAGAAUGAUUCAACCAUUGCACAGUGAAAACCUGGUACUUGUAAACCUGGUUUCCUUUGAGCUCGAAGGCAAAACUCCAAGUUUCCAGGUUGAUCUGGAUUCCCAUCUUUCCCAAAACACAGAAUGUACAGACUUCGAGGUUGGUCUUUCCAUCGAGGUUUCACUGAUAGGAAGUAAAAGCCCAAGUCACAGGGUUGACUUGCCGCUUCUGGAAGAUUUAACCAACCAGCCAUGGCGAUUUUAUGCAAAUGACCUUCGAAAUGCCAAAUUACUGGUCAAGUUGUAUUGUAAACGAGCCAACGCAGAUAAGGUCACGGUACAUGAGCAUAUCGGCAGUGGAAUUGCACUUCUCGAUGCUCUGAAACAAAGUCUAGGGCCUGGAAGGGAGAGUUUGAUUCGAGACCACCAUAUACCAAUUCUUUCCAAAGAAGAUCUGGAGAACGUCCAAUUGACGAAAGACCUCGUUCCCGUCAUAUACCACGAUUUUCUUGUCAGCGAAACAGGGACAGAUGCGUGGAUGCAUAAUUUGAGCCUGGACCAGAGAUCACGGUCUCUGUCAUACAACGACGGCUGUGAGAAUGCUCACAAGGAUCUCACUGAACGAAUGACCCAUACAUUCGAGUACAAGAAAAUCGGUUUCAAAGGCAAUACAAGAGGAAAUUACAUACACGGACCCUUUCUAACCUUGGACGAUCUUCUGUCUCGAACUCCAGACUCGAUUGCAUUGAAUGUAGAAAUUAAAUACCCGAUGCUCUUCGAAGCAGCCGAGGACUGGAAAUCUGACACCUUCGCUAUCGAGGUGAAUACAUUUGUUGAUACCAUCCUGACUUCAAUCCUCUCCCAUCCCUCUUGCCAACGCCGCCCUAUAAUGCUUUCCUCCUUCAGCCCUGAGGUAUGCAUUCUUCUCUCUCUGAAACAGAACAUGUUUCCCAUAUUCUUCUUGAAUGAGUCUGGGAACAACCCUGUGGGCGAUAUUAGAGCAUCCAGCGUCCAGGAAGCGAUUCAUUUCGCCACCUAUUGGGGACUCGAUGGGAUUAUCAUGGCUGCUGAUCCAUUUGUGCAUGCUCCAAAUCUAGUGAGAGUAGCCAAAAUGAAGGGCUUGGUGACAGGCAGUUGGGGUGCGCUGAACAAUGAGCCCGAGUGCGCAAAGAUACAACAAGCUGCGGGGCUAGACAUUAUCAUAGUGGAUGCAGUGCGUUUGAUUUCCGGGACUUUGAAGGUGACGAACUUGUAG